CAACAAAACUUUGAGUUUGGCUAUAUAUAGGUAGAUGUAGAUCCUUCAUCACAGAGUUGCAAAAGAGAAAAAAAAGAGUGGUGGAGAAAGAUGGCUAGCAAACCAGGCAUUCUCAGUGAUUGGCCAUGGCAAUCAAUGGGCAACUUCAAGUACGCACUUUUGGUUCCGGGGGCAAUCUACAGCACCUACAUGUUCAUAACCUGCAAAGAUGAAAAGGAGAGGAACUGGUUCAUGUUCUUGAUCCUACCGUUUCUUGUGUUUAGACUGAUUCACUAUCAGCUAUGGAUCUCCUACUCUCGCUACCGAACCGCCAAAGGCAACAAUCGGAUUCUCGAUAAGAGCAUCGACUUCGAACAAGUCGACCGAGAAAGAACCUGGGAUGACCAGAUACUAUUGAAUGGACUAUUGUUCUACGGGGCAGGCAUAGUAUUAAAGGAUCAAUUCAACAUGCCCUUCUUUAAAGCCGACGGUACACUAAUCAUACUGCUUCUCCACUGGGGUCCGGCUGAGUUCCUCUAUUACUGGCUGCACAGAGCUUUGCACCACCAUUACCUCUAUGCUCGCUAUCACUCCCAUCACCAUUCGUCGAUUGUCACCGAGCCAAACACAUCGUUUACGCAUCCGAUGGUGGAAGUUCUUGCCUAUUAUGGGCUCCUUUUGAUACCAACGUUGGUGUCGGUAUAUAUCGGAAAAGCUAACAUCGUCGGAUUGUUUACUUACGUUACCGUCAUCGAUUUCUUGAACAACAUGGGGCAUUGCAACUUUGAGUUCAUCCCCAAAUGGGUCUUCACCAUCUUCCCUCCUCUCAAAUACAUCGUCUACACUCCUUCGUUUCACUCUCUACACCACACUAAAUUUCGGACAAAUUACAGUCUUUUCUGUCCAUUCUAUGAUUAUGCGUACGGCACCGUGGAUGUAUCGACAGAUACAGUGUACGAAACCGCACUGAAAAGAGCCGCGGAGUCACCGGACGUCGUUCAUCUCACUCAUCUAACCACGCCAGACUCCAUUUACCAUCUGCCGCUUGGAUUCCCUUCAUUGUCGUCCAAGCCCCAAGCUUCCAAAUGGUACCUCCUCUUCAUGUGGCCUGUCACCGUCUGGUCUAUGCUCUUGACUUGGGCUUUCGGCCAUGCCUUUCUUUCGGAACGAAACGCCUUCAAAAAACUCAAACUUCAAGCUUGGGUCGUUCCCAAAUAUAACAUGCAGUAUUCUUCAAAAUGGCAAAGAGAAACUAUCAGUAAAUUGAUUGGUGAUGCCAUUCAAGAAGCAGAUAAGAAAGGAGCUAAGGUGCUGAGUUUAGGCCUUCUGAAUCAGCGUGAAGAGUUUAGCAGAAAUGUGGAGAUUUAUAUGAAAAACAACCCUCAGCUUAACAUCAAGGUUGUAGAUGGAAGAAGUUUAGUUGCAGCAAUUGUUCUAAACAGCAUUCCUAAAGAAACAACACAAGUUCUCCUCAGAGGCAGAAUUUCCAAGGAUGUUCAUGUCUUGGUCCAAGCAUUAUGUCAAAAGGGUAUCAAGGCUGUGACAGUGCAAGAUGAUGAAUACAAGGAGCUGUUGAAGUCCAAUAACAAGAUUGAGAGUAAUUUGAUUCUUUCCAAAACUUAUGAUAUCAAGGUAUGGUUGGUGGGAGAUGGACUGACAGAUAAAGAACAGUCAAAGGCACCCAAAGGAACAUUAUUCAUUCCGUUUUCAAUCUUCCCGCCGAAGAAAGUCCGAAAAGACUGCUAUUACCACUCUACACCAGCUAUGAUGGCUCCUGCAUCGUUGGAGAACAUGAACUCUUGUGAGGACUGGUUGCCGAGAAAGGUGAUGAGUGCGAGCCGUGUGGCCGGGAUCGUUCAUGCCUCGGAAGGGUUCGAUGUGAAUGAGUGUGGUGGCACCAUAUUUAGCAUCGACAAAGUUUGGGAGGCCAGUCUUGAGAAUGGAUUUUGCCCCUUGCCAAUCCCCAGUUAAUAAAAUGCAGAAUUGCUUAUGGGAAA